CAAGGAAUGACUCCCCAUUCCACUCCGAUUCCAAUUCAAACCCCUUUCCAGUGAACCAAACUUGCGUGAACCAAACAUGCACUAGAUUAUCUUAACCUAAUAAUAAUAAAUAUAAUAAUUUCUAUAUUUGUUUUUAUUGCCUGUUUCUCUUCAAACUCUUCUUUUUGUUUUUUUACCCUUUCUCGGGGAAAUUGGAAAAUUUUCUUCCUUGGUGUGCUGAUUUUGUAGUUUUUUCAUUCAAGAGUUGACGCCGCUCGCACCGUUCCUUUCAGGCGGUGAGAAUGUCGACCCCUGCAAGGAAGAGACUGAUGAGGGAUUUCAAGAGGUUGCAACACGAUCCUCCUGCAGGAAUAAGCGGUGCUCCUCAAGACAAUAAUAUUAUGCUAUGGAAUGCUGUUAUAUUUGGACCUGAUGACACCCCAUGGGAUGGAGGUACGUUCAAAUUGACCCUUCAAUUUACAGAGGAUUAUCCAAAUAAGCCACCAACAGUGCGGUUUGUUUCUCGAAUGUUCCAUCCUAACAUUUAUGCAGAUGGAAGUAUUUGUUUGGAUAUUCUACAGAAUCAAUGGAGCCCUAUAUAUGAUGUAGCAGCUAUACUUACCUCUAUCCAGUCAUUGCUCUGUGACCCCAACCCAAACUCUCCUGCAAAUUCUGAAGCAGCACGGAUGUUUAGUGAGAACAAGCGUGAAUACAACAGGAGAGUUCGUGAGAUUGUCGAGCAGAGUUGGACUGCUGAUUAAUUGCUCUUGUUUAGAUGCUACGAAACUUUUUAAUAUUCAGUCGAAAUGGCCUGUUUAAAUUACAUUAUAGAUUCUGAAAACUGAUUUGCUGCGACUCCCUAUUUUCUGAUUAUGUGAAAUGUUGCUUGGCGUUCACGGACGCAUGUUUGGCCUCUCUGUAUCCAUGUCCAUUUUCUUUA